AUGGCUCUUAAGGAAAGAUUGGCAACAUUGGAUACCAAACCUAUGCUAAAGAAACAUUAUACAAAUGCUUGCUACUUAUGUCUUGCAGAGAGUGAAUCAGUGGACCACAUUUUAUUCAAAUGCCAAUUCAGCAGCAUUGUGUGGGAUUUUGUUCAGCACGCAGCAGGAUUCUACAUCAAGCCAGACAAUUGGAAGGAUCUUGUAGCUUGGUGCUCUUCAGCGUGGACUCAGGAGCAUUUCAUUACCCAUAAGUUACUUCUCUCAUGUGCCAUUUACUACAUAUGGCAGGAAAGUAAUUCAAGAGCUUUCAGGAACAAAAUAGCUUCUGCUCUUCAUAUUAUUCAUCGCAUCAAAGGGUGUAUCAAAGCAAGGUUUGCCUCACUCAAGUUAAGAAACAGUGCUGAGUUAUGCAAAAUCAAUUCAGUGGAGGCAAUGCAGCAACUCUUCUUGCAAGGAUGUUCAUUUGCGUCUGGUCAAUCAUGGUUUCUAAUAUGA